AUGAAUCACUACGCGUCCGGAGAGGAGACGUCAUCAUCCCAGCCUUCCUUCUCGCCAUCGUACCUCCUCACGGAUGCGAUGCCAGUGCGCAGCCGCUUCAUGAAUCCCGUUGACUUCCUUAGCUCGUCGGAACCGCUGAUGCUCACACCAGAGGAGAAGGCGGCAGAGAAGGCGGAGAAGACACGAAUGGCGGCGCUGCAAGAGGACGCAAGAGCGUUGGCCGCGCUGUUCGCACGAGAGCUGGCGAAGAGAAAAGCAAAGGCGAUUACUGCAGGAGUCAUACAAGCCCGUCGGCCUGCGGCAGCAGCGGCUGUGCCGGCGUCAUCGAAGCCCGGGCGUCGUGGAGGACAGCAGCAGCCCCCGCUCUCCCUUCCCACGCACUCAAUCAAGCUUGCGCCGGUGGCGCCCAAACUCCAACGAAGCCGCCACAAGGCCUCUGUGAAGUCAGAAAAAACGCAAGUCAAGGCGCUCAAGCGAGGGCGGAAGCUGAAAACCUCACACCGGCCACGGGCGUUGGCCGCACAGAGGAGCUCUCUCAUGUCCAGGAGACGUGGUCGCCAGUCAAAGAUGCCCGCCGCGGCCUCCGUGUCGAUGCGCAAGCCGCAUCCGCCACUGCAGAGACGCCCCGGCCGUCUGCCCUUGCGACUCGCUGCUGCUGCGAGUCGCAAGGGCAGACGGCGCGCCACCUCGAACAAGCUGAGAACUUUGACAGGUGGAAUGAAGCGCGCCGUCACGCCACCCCGCCGCGCCGUGCAGGCCCCCAAGUUUUUGGUCAUGCGGCCUCUGUCCAAGUCGACCGUGAAGGCGUGGCGACUUGCACAGCCGAAGAAGCGUGUCAUGCGCUGGGCACGCCACGACAAGCGCAAGAAGGAAUAG